AUGUGGGACGAAAUCGAGUUCAACCCCGAGCGCGUCCCCUUGACGAAGCUCAUCCUCCAUGUCUUGCAGUUUGUCAUGAGCUUCGUGAUCUGGUGUCUCGAGAUCGCCGUCUUCAGAGGAGAUGGCGCAAAGAUUGACGGAAACAAUGGCUGGACGUUCGCGGUGUGCUUCCUCUCCAUACCCGCCUGGAUCUAUCUCAUCGGCGCCCCGCGCUUCCCGAGGACACGCAAGCUCGCCGAGCCGCACGCCAUGAUCAUCGUCGACGCCGUCUUCACCUUCCUGUGGCUCUCGGCCUUUGCGACACAGGCCUCCUACAACACCAAGGACUCGUGCGGCAACCGCUGCAGCAUCAGCAAGGCCAUCGUGGGCCUGGGCGUCAUGAUCUUCCUGCUCUUCUGCGUGACGACCUUCUUGAGCAUCUACACCCUCAAGUACUACCAGUUCAACGGCCACCUGCCCGGCUACGACCGCGGCGGCGCCAACAAGACGCAGAACAUCGACCCGGACAAGGCCGCCUUCUCGAUGGCGCCGCACGACGAGGAGGCCUACGCCCCCGUCAACAUGAACGACCACGACAACGACGGCCACCACGCGCCGGCGCCUCACGACCCGCACGACCCGCACGCCUUCGACACGGGCUACGGCUACGGCGAGCCCACCCAGGACCCGUACUCGUCGAUGGGCAGCCGCCGCCGCAACGACGACGACAACCCCUUCGACGACCGGAACAAGUACGCCGUCCCCGCCGCCGGCGAGGGCUACGGCGCCGGCUCCUCGAGCUACUCUGGCGCCGGCGCCGGCAGGCCGUACGCGAAGCCGGCCGUGUCCGAGUACGACGACGACCAGCCCGUGCAGUUCCCGGCGGGCAACUAUGACCGCACUGUGCAACAUUAA